CCGUCGCGGAAACCAGACGUUAUUCGUCUCGAUAUGUCAUAGUGUUCUAAAUUCAAAAAUGGAUCACCAAAACUUGGAAAAAACGUCGUCAACUUACCCAAUGUUGCCCAAAGAUAAGGACAAUACAAUAAUUUUGACGCAACAAAAUGGACCCAAAAUUUUGAUUAGGGAGGACACGAUUUUGGCCAACCUCCAGGGCUGUGCCGGUUGUGGUAGAACUCAGUUCGCUUGUUCGGGAAUGAAAAAGAAAUGGUCGGCGUUGUGUUGGGGAAAACAGUCGGACAAGAAAUACUAUUGUUCCAUAAUACUGCUGUCCACGACGUUCGCUCUCAGUCUGCUCGGCACCAUAUUCUUCUGCUUCACUGACGUCAUCAACAAUGCCAUACUAUCGAACAUGGUCCUCCAGAACGAGUCUCUCGCGUUCAAGAUGUGGCGGCGGCCGACGGUGCACCCGCUGAUGAAGGUCCAUCUCUUCAACUACACCAACUGGCAGCGCGUCCGGGACGGGCUGGACACGAAGUUCCAUGUACAGGACGUCGGCCCAUACGUGUACCAGCAACACCUAGAACGGGUAAAAGUAAAGUUCGAUGGGGAUAAACUGACUUUUCAAGAGCACAACAAUUUCAAGUUUCUUCCUGAAGCCAGCAAGGGCGCCCAUUUCGACCAAGUGUUUGUGCCGAAUUUACCUUUAUUGGGCGCGACGGCAAGGGCGGCGAAUUUAGACUUUAUAGCCCGGUAUGGUAUACUCACCGCGUUGAAUGCAUUGGGGAAUCACAAGGAAGCGUUUUUAAAGCUGCCUGUGCAAAGAUUCCUGUGGGGCUACGAAGACCGCAUUAUCAGUAUAAUAAAGCCUUAUUUAAGUCUUCAAGGACAACUGAACUUUGAUAAUUUUGGUCUUUUAGUGACGAAAAACGGCACAUCUUCAGACAUUUUCACGAUCAACACCGGGGAGCGAGACAUAAACAGAAUGAACAUCAUUGAGGGAUUCAACGGUCAAAAGGCCCUAUCCUACUGGGGAAGCCCCGAAUGCAAUUCAAUAGAAGCGUCCGACGGCUCCAUAUUCCCGCCCUCGUUUCUCGACAGGAAUCAGACCCUCGAAGUGUUCUUCCCGAAUCUGUGCAGGAGGAUACCCUUCAUUUACGUCAAGGAUGUUGAAACGGACGACGGAGUGAACCUUUUUCGGUAUGCGAUGCCGAAAAAUGUAUUUGACGACCGUAAGAACAAUCCGGCGAACCAGUGCUACUGUCAGGUUGACACCGGCGCUUGUCCUCCGCGGGGCGUCAUUGACGUCACGCAGUGUGCUAUGGGAGCUCCAGCGCUAGCUUCGUUUCCACACUUCCACCAGGGCGACCCCUCUCUGCGCGAGCAGUUUGUGGGGCUCGACCCCAACUCGGAGACCCAUCAGUCCUACAUCGACAUACAUCCGACCCUCGGUAUCGCUUUGAGUGGGAAAUCCAACUUACAGGUGAACAUUCAAGUGAAGAAGCCGGAAUCAUUCGGACCCGUCAACUAUUUGCCACAAGACCUCAUAUUGCCUAUUGCUUGGAUUGAAAUGUCAGUAGAAGACCUACCGGAGAGCCUAAAAUCGCUGGUCUACCACGGUACCUUCUCCACCGCAGCGGCCAAGCUGGGCCUGUCCGCCUUCUGCAUCACCUCCCUCGCCGUCUCCAGCAUCUGUCUCUUCGUGAUGAUGAUACGCCGCCGGAGGAAACCCUGCGCCAUCGUGAAGAUCAUCUCCACGGACAAUGAAGUCAAGACUCAGUUAGGGUGAAUGUGACAUUAUGUGAACUUAAGAGUUUUACGUAUUUUCGUUACAUGACGUUUUAAGGAGAUUGUGAACUUAUUAAUCAAGACAAUGAGCGUAAGAUUUCUCCUUUUUGAUUUUUUGUUUCGGCAUUGGCGUAACUGUGAUGGCAAAAUUAGGGCUCACGGCUCAAAGGACAGUCCACGGGGCCGUGAAGAAGAAAUAAUAUCUAACUUCAAAUAAAAUACCUACCUACGUGCAGUGCCGUAAACAGCCUUUUCCGCGCCCUGUGCGAGCUUCUGCGCCCGAUUUAAGUAGACCCUUUGCCCAUCGUACCACCCACUGCGUCUCACUCACUAAAACUCAAACGCAGGUUCACUACGGCAAAUGCGUUGCCCAUUCUGAUACUUAAUUCUGUCUAUUCUUGCGCCCCGAGAGUCCCCUGUGCCUGGGCACUGGUGGCACCGUCCUAUUUACGCCACUGCCUACGUGACUAUAUUUCUGAGGUCUCAUCCAAUUAGGUACCUUCCAACGGGCUUUAAACGAUAGUUACGCCACUGCCUGACGACUUAAUUUAUUUUGUUCUCGUCGCCUAUUGGGUAUAAUGUUAAUUUAUUUUCCACUUUAUUUAAAUAACAAUUUGGUACGGAUCGCACAAACAUUGAACUGAAUAUCGACAUCUGUUAAAUCUGUGAGCAAUCUCUCACUAGCUCUAGACACAAAAUAUAAAUGCAAUCAUCGAUAUUGCACAAUUACUUGUGUAUAAACUCAGACCAAUUAUUGUAUAGGACCUCGCUUGACGUUACUUUUCUGUCAAUGUAUAUGAUCAACGAUCUAAUGCGGUUAUAAAAACUGUCUCGAUAGUAUCGUAUCGAUGUUAAAUAGUUGUAAUCGUGUUAGUCGGUUAAAAAGCUCCGUAAAAAUACCUUUCUGUAAUUGAAUGGUGUAAAAAACGGACAAAAACUUGUAGUUUAGUAUAUGAUAUAUACCAAAUUUAAGCUCGUUUUCCUCAGAAAAUGACAGACAAUUUUGUUCGUGACUAUGAGUGCGAUACAGGUCCUUCUAUAAUUGGUCUGAGUGUAUAAAUGACAUCCAUUUUACUUACCUUUCCUUGUUGGUAACGCACAUCGAGUAUGGUUUUAGUUUAGUUAGGUAAAUAGUUAUUUUUCAAAUCUAUGUGUUGCUUUUUCAACAUGACCUUAACUAACGACCAGGCAGUACCUAUCAUAUUAUCUCAACUGUCCACGCAACACAUGCAUCCUGCAUAAUCUUAUUAUUUAAACUAGUAGAUGCCGCGCGGUUUCACCCGCGUGGUUCCCGUAGGAAUACGAAGAUAAAAUAUGAGCCUAUGGCUUUCCUUGAUAAAUGGGUAAUCUAACAGUGAAAGAAUUUUUCAAAUCGGACCAGUAGUUCCUGAGAUUAGCGCGUUCAAACAAACAAAUUCUUAAGCUUUAUAAUAUUAGUAUAGAUGACGAAGUUAAUUUGAUGUUUCUCCAAAAAGCAAUUCAUUUAGGCUAAGUAUCGUUUGCAUUUGUCCAUCAUAUCCUACCUACUAAGAUUUACAAUAAUUUAGACUUUAGUAAUUUAAAUAUUAAGAUCUAACAAAAUGUAGAUAAGUAUUACAAAAGCAUGACUCCCAAGUAAUUUAUCUUGGUCUUGAAUCUUGAUGACACUAUGGUAAUGAAAACUACAAGAACUUUCUCUAUUGUCGUAAGUUCCUUGUACAUCCUAAAUGGGUACUUACUAUUUUUUUUUUUAUUUGUACAGUUGAGGUAUUAUCCAAAACAAUAAAUAACAAAAGUUUAAAAUUUUAAAUGCCCUUUCCAUAUACCUUUGAAUUUUGUACCUUUUAGAAUUUAAUCUUAUUAUUUAAGUGACCGAAGAAUAGAUAGAACACUAGCAUUAAAACGUUUAAUAUUAAAGUUUAAUUAAUGUUAUUUCAUUCGCUAGAUGUCGCUAGUGUUACCUAUUUUAAUUAUUUUCUAAGAGUAAAUAAUAAUUUAAUUAAGAAGUAAAAAAUAAUUGGGCUCAAGAGCUUAUUGUGAUAAUAAUAUAAUUGAAUCCUUACUAAUCAGUAAGCAUAACUUGGAAAAUUCACAAAAAAGAGACUGUUGCAUAAUCAAUUUUGGAGUACCUAAAGUUUUUUUCAUGUAAGAUGGUGCGGGCGACAUUUCGUGUUACUCUUGAAAGUUUGCCGCGAUUAACGAUAUUAGUACGUAAUGAUGAACGGCAUACAGACGACUGUCACCGUACCCAUGCUAUCUGAAAAAUACUUUACCUACAAAUUUCGCUACAAUAUUGGUGGAAAAUCUGGUGGAAAGGAUAAUUUUCUUUGAAUACAAUUCCUGUCUUACCAAAACAAUUUACAAAGCUAAAUUAUGAAAACCAACAAAAACAAACGAUUUUCUUCUAUUAGUGGGCAGAUUUCUGGCGCCCGCAAUCCAGAUUUAAUAAAUUUCUGGUCAGCUCUACACUUCCCAUUAUUUUAUUUUGGUGCUGCUAUUUUAACGAAAACGCUAUUUUAGAAAGUAUGCUUAGUGUAAAUAUUAAUGGUUUUCAUAUUUUACUAUUAAAAUGGAAUAAAACAUUUUUACAAUUUAAA